AUGCACUACGUCAAAGAUGCAGCUGGACAAGAAGAGCUGCAACCGAUGAAACGUCCCAUCCCUCCCAUGCGAAAGGACUUCUAUGCAUUGCAUGAGGAAGUUGGGGGAUCAGUCCUGGUCGUUGUUGCCUCAUCAGCUCUGCUCCUGCGCAUGCGCGAUUGUAGCCAUGCUGCACUGCGCUGCACUGCACUGCGCUGCCCUGCGCUGCCCUGCACCCUGCUCUUGGAACCACCUUCACCCACAAUCAAAGCAAAGCAAGCAUGGGAGGCCCGCAGAAAACUCUUGGGCCCCCUUAGGGACGGGAACCAGUCCCAUCUCCGUGAUGGGUAA